UACCAGAUUCGAUUGCCACACUUAUCGCAGUCUUCGGCUAGAACGUUUUUCAGCUAAUAAUCCUAUCCCUUGGAUUGCUUCAUUCCGCAUUUAAGGUCUUCUAAAAGGCAAAUAAAAUCAUGAAUGUUCUGCAGAAAGUGGUCUCCACCAGCGUAAAAGCCAUUCCUCGAAAUGGAUUUAUGCGCCAUUCGUCCCAUUUCGUGUAUCAGCCCGAUGCUAAACCACCGGUCGAGGGUCCUACGCAGAAGAUGAACAUGUUCCAGGCCAUCAACCAAGCGAUGGAUAUCGCACUGGAGCAGAACGAUUCAGCUCUGGUGUUUGGCGAGGACGUAGCGUUCGGUGGGGUGUUUCGUUGUUCGAUGGGACUGCAAAAGAAAUAUGGCAAGCAGCGGGUCUUCAACACACCUCUCUGUGAGCAGGGCAUUGCCGGAUUUGCAAUCGGAGUAGCAAACACGGGCGCGAAGGCGAUCGCUGAGAUGCAGUUUGCGGACUACAUCUUUCCCGCAUUCGAUCAGAUCAUUAACGAGGCGGCCAAGUAUCGGUACCGCAGUGGUAACCUAUACGAUUGCGGCUCGCUCACCUUCCGUGCACCGUGCGGUGCCGUGGGCCAUGGUGCGUGCUAUCACUCCCAAAGCCCCGAAGCCUACUUUGCCCACACGCCAGGUUUGAAGGUGGUGGUACCGAGGGGACCAAACAAGGCAAAGGGAUUGUUGUUGGCGUGUGUGAAGGAUAACGACCCCUGCAUUGUAUUCGAACCGAAAACACUCUAUCGUGCCGCGGUCGAGGAAGUUCCAGUCGCUGCGUUUGAAUCGCAAAUAGGUAAGGCGGAUGUUUUGCGCACUGGAACCGACGUCACGCUGGUCGGAUGGGGGACGCAGAUUCACGUUCUUCAGGAAGUUGCCAACAUGGCGAGGAAACAAUUAGAUGUUAGCUGUGAAGUGAUCGAUCUAGUCUCGAUCCUGCCCUGGGACAAGGAAACGAUUUGUAAUUCCGUGAAAAAAACUGGACGCGUUCUAAUCGCUCACGAGGCACCCUUGACAAAUGGAUUCGGUGCAGAGUUGGCCGCCACCAUCCAGGAAGAAUGUUUCCUUCAUCUCGAGUCACCAGUGCUGAGAGUGACCGGUUGGGACACGCCCUUCCCGCAUGUAUUCGAACCUUUCUACAUUCCCGAUAAGCACCGAUGUCUAGCGGGUAUUCGAAAGUUGAUCGAUUACUGAAAACCAACACAGUGAAGAGAGCGCUUUAUUCACAUAAAUUUCUUCACUUUAAAAAACUCCAAACUCGACUCGAUUCCAGAUCGUCGUUGGUUUAGAAUCAACUGCGCAGCAACGGAUGCAUUUAUAUUUGACAAGCCCACGUAGAAAGCUAAGAUAUACCAUUUACCCCCCCUGGUAUCCUAUGGGCAUAAUUUCUGUGUUAGCUCUGUUAUAUUGUACACAACUUCUUGUGCCUUAUAAAAGCCUUUCCAUUUGCACAUUUCAUAAAUGAUAAUUGAUGUUUUAUUCUUAGAAGUCCGAAUCUGAGCCGGAGUCGAUCGCGUGACCUGGAGGAGAAUGGAUGACCAUUCUGUCAUGUCAAUACGACCGCUCACCUAAGCGGUUUAAAAUUGCUUACACUCCGAUAAUUGUUCUUUCUGCUUGUAUAAAGAUGAUUAUUAGAUUAUAAGAUGCUUAGAUAAGAUAAACAUGACGGUAAACCAAAUGCUAGUA